GCUCGUCCGUUUUCUAACCCUAUGCCGACCACGUCUAAGCCAUUGUCGUUUGUCCCAAAAAAUUCUUAUUUAACACAAGACAGGAAUGAUGAAAAUCACCACGGAUUCAAUAAUUUGUCCGCCAGUACAUUCAGCGUGGGCCUUCGAGUUCUCGGAUGCAGGUCGCUUGAUACUGAAGGCACUCAGGGAAUUAUAGGGACAGUAACUGAGCUCAGAUUAUCGCGGGACAAUACAGCAGUGAUACAGUGGGACACAGGAAUUAAGGAAACUUACAGUGCGGGGCAUCACGACCAGCAACAAAUCUUUGUUUUGGAUAAUGCGUCUAUCGGUAAGAUAGCGAAAAUUUACUGUACUCGGUUGAGAGCCGAUGAUUUGUAGGGUUGGUUUUAUUUUGAAACGUGCUUUUACAGUAGUGAAGCUUGAUACUAAAUUGCAACCAGUUAGAAGCUCCCUGUUAUAACUUCCAUGUAACUGAAAAAACAAAGACAUUUCUUCAAGCUGCUACUGUGCUUGUGUUGACAUUUGCUCUGUUUCUUUUGAGUAGUCAUUGCAUGCAUAAUAACUUCCGGCUUUAAGAAAGCGAAAGAAAAAGUGACGUAAAAAACAGAAGCUACACUUUCACUCUCACCUCCAUUUCCGUGUACGCAUGCGGAUCAGAUUGUUCCAGCUGUUUGGAUGAUGGGAAACAGGCCAUUCUCAAUUAUCAACAGAUUCUCAUAGAAAACAGGCCGGCUCCUGUAGAAAGUCAACCUCACUAUUAAAUGUGGACACUUUAUUUAAUAAAGUAAACCCCAGUGGGCAUUCAACAAAUGUUUAUACGUGGAGGCUCCACCCCGAUCCGCCCCGAGGUCUAACCGCUUACCCUUUUAUAUACCAUUUUUCACGAAAAAGGUACCCCUUUCGUAUACCUUCUAUCGGCAAAUGGUACCCCUGUCACGUACCUUGUUUAGAACUUUGCAUCCCUUUUAACAGCUGUAAAUGCACUGUCUUUUAAAUAGGAAUCAAUCACAAAAAUAGAACGUCCUCUCGACUUUAUAAAGCCAUAAAAUUCAGUCAUGUGUUAUAAAAAGCCAGUGUUCUCCAGAAGCGCGGGCGACCGUCGGUUUCGCUGGCUACUCUUUUCCAAAGUGCCGGUUACUUUUAUUGCACUGAAAACAAAAAAACCGUCUGUACCUUUUAUCUUGAAUUUUUCGGAAGGUCAAAAAGGAAACGAAAACAAUAACUUAUCGUAAAUAAAAGCUCUUUGGUGUAUGACAAUUUGCCUUUUGCUAAAAGUAUUAUCGAUAAACUCACCAAAUGACUUUUCGUUAGACAUUGUCAGAUAAUAUUUUUGAAUAAAAUACCUUGGAAUCAAUGUAACACUUUGCAUGUAAACAAGUGUUUUGAAAAAAAAAUGUACAUUGCUACUUUCAACUAGGAUUCUCGUGAAUUGUGUACUUUUCCAUAAAAAAAACUGAAGACAGGCAGCCUUAAAUUGACCUUGAUUUUCCUGUUGCUGUAAGCCUCAAAAUGCAUCAGAUUGCAUCUCUGGGCCUUUAUUUUUUUAAAAUUUUCCAUUGGAGCAGGCCCUCAACCCCCCUUAGAGACUCGCGCUCUAUCGGCGCUUGGUGUCAGGCACCAGUUACUUUGCAUUGGGAGCUGGCUACUCCAAAAUUUCUGGAGAACACUGCAUUGUUUGCUCUUUUGGGCCCUUUCACAGACCCAAAUGACAGAUUUCACUACCCUUUUAUAUACUUCAACGAGUGAAAUCCCUACCCUUCCUUAUACCUGAGGCCCGAAAAAGAUACCCUUUUCGGGUGGAGCCUCCCCGUAUAGGCCAUCAUAGGGAGUACCCCCCCCCCCGAAGUUAAAUUGUCCUUUUUGAACGAAUAAAAAAACCUUCAGAUAACAGCAUGUCUGUGUCCCUAACACUACGUCUCCCCGGACAGAAUAAAUUGUAGAAGCCAGUUUCAGACUAUUUAGGCAUCACACGAGUUACGCAGAGAACGGUUCAUGAUUAAGUAAUGUAUAAAAUCAGCGACUUUUAAGUGUUUCCGUAGACACAGUCCGCGGAAUUACGGAUUUGUGAAGGUUACAGACGUUUAAUUUGACGAUGCUAAUGUCCUGUCUUAUUUCGUUACUAUUUUGGUAUUUUAUUCAAAUAGAAGGUUGUGUACUGUAUUUUUUUACUUCAAUAACAUGAACCGCCUUUUACGGACACUGUAUAUGGCCGCUAAGUGUCCGCAUGAACGAAGUUUCACUGUAGAACGAUUUAAGUUUAUCGGAGUUAGCGCCUAUUGAAUGUUUCCGUGAUUCUUCACUUUCAAGACAGAACAGUCGUGUUUUUUUGCAAAUAACUUGAUGGCAGCAUUGUUAAUGUUUGCUUCUAGGUAUAGCGCAUGGAGGGACAACGUGCGAAGCUUGUGAGCAAUGUCCAAUAGCUGGAUUACGAUGGAAGUGUUUAGACUGUAAGGAAUCAAGUGUUGACUUGUGCACAUCAUGUUACAUGCGUGAUAAACAUGACAGAGAUCAUAGCUUCCUGAGAUUUGAUUCUAGUGAAAAAGACGGGUGAGUACGAAAGACAAAUACAGUACACUUUCUUGAAAAAUGUGUAAUCCAAAGUCGUCUUAAUAGCAGCCAAAACAACAACUUCACCUCACUACAACAUCAGUGAAAGCACCGAAAGCAGUGAAACAAGUUUCUAUAAUGGUCAUCCUGGCCAAAGGUACCAGAGGACAAAAUUGACCCUUUACAAUAUUCAUUGCCAUAAAAUCUUAUAACAAAGAAAGACGCUUAAUGACAAUGUAUAAUCUUUACACGAUUGAAUGCCGCCCUGGAAUAAACACCUCACCCAAUCUUAAUAAUUUCCCAGCUUGCCUUUAUUCGAGAAUUACAAGAGAAAAAAGUACUUGGUACGACUCAGUAAUACAUAAAAGUCAAGAAAAGCAUUGUAUCUUUAAAAUUGUUGUUUUACAUAAUAUUUGCACGUGAUCAUUGAAAAGAUUUACGUUAAUUUUGUUGUCAGUGAUUUAAGAUAUGUGAUUUUAAAUCAGAAGCGCUAAAAAUUUUAUAAACACCACCGACUUCAAUCAGCUACGGUAUACAAGACGUCGUUGUCUUAACUUUUCCUCUCCAUAACAACAAUUAAGAACACCGGUAGAAAGACGAAGCAAAACAAAGAAAAUUCAAUUAAGAGGGAUUUUCCUUGGCACCAAAGUCACAAGAGGACCUGAUUGGCAAUAUGGUGAUGAAGAUGGUGGACCUGGGAAGUUUGGAACAGUGACAGAGAUAACAAGAUGGGAGGAAAACCCAACAGGUGCAGUUAGGGUCGCAUGGCAUUCUGGUUCAGAAGGUACUUACAGGCUUGGCUACAAAGGCAAGGUAAAUUUAGAUGAUUAUCAAAACUACUUUGCUGUUAACUUUGUUUCGAGGCAAAUACAAAUUUGCUAUUAAGCAGGACACAUGACGUCGUGAUUGUCUUAUGAACCUUAACGUUUUCUGUUAAUUUUUGUUUACAAAAGAAAUUUUUUUAUGUAGAAAAGAUGCUAUUAAAAUUAUCCCUUUUAAAUACAAGUCUUUUUAGAAAAGCACAAUUAAUCAAAACACAAAUAGAACAGCUUAUCUAUAGGGUCAAUCUUUGUCCAGUGAGUAUGACGAUUAGCUUUUAAAAUAUCUUUUGAUGUACUGUAUUGAUCUUGUGUAAGUAGUACAGUGGGGACCGAAUUGAUCCCUUUUUGCACAGGAACACAUUAACGCCGAUAACGUCAUAGCCUUUGUCUCUAUCUCGCAAGUGAAAUGUAAGGAAUUCGCAUUAAGACAACAGCGCGUGUUGAUUUUAGGUGGUUUAACCGGUUUGACAGGUUGUUCAAUUAUUCUUAUGCCGAUGAUUUUCUUGGUUUUUUGAUCGGGUGACUAAUAACUAAGAAAAGUUUCAUUCAUGUUGUCCAAGGAGUAUUAAAAAACGCUAACUCGCGAUCGCCUGUGAAUCAAAGUCAUGGCGCCGUAACAUAACUAUAGCGGACAACAAAUUGUUCCAGCUCUGGAUCACUAUUUGUUGGCGCACAAAUCGUGCAUAUUAAGGCUCUUAGCGUUAAUGUAUACCUGAUCAAUUUAUGGAGAUUCCUGUACAUAAUAGGGUUAAUUCCGUCCCUACUAGACUACUUAUGUAGACACAUAUGAUGUUUGGUUGUCGAGUUCUGUAUUUAUCUUUAUGAUGUAACUGACCUUGUGUAAACUCCCCAGAUAAGGUUUGAUCAUAGUUAGUAGAGACUGGUUAUGAAAGCCGGCAAACGUUGAAGCCAACGGUGCUGUAGUUUAUGUUGGAAGCUUCCUGACCGAGCACAAUCCCUUGUCUUUUGUUCACAAAUUGACUGAAUAAAUUGAUCCGAUGUUUCUCUUAGUAAGUAAGUUCAGAUCCAAGCAAGCUACCAAAAACGUAUAACAAAAAGAUACGAAAAAGGAUUCUAACGGGUUUCAUAACCAUUCCACUUUAUUAACUAUGGAUUGAUUUAGGUGGACUUACAGUGCACGAAUGAAGCCUCAGGAGGGUUCUACUACAUGUCGCAUUUACCAAGACUGCAACAGUGUCAGCAAACUACACCAGAAGCGGAAGGAAACUUAACAGAUAUAUCAGGCGCAUUACGUGAAGGGCAUGCUCUGACAAGCCACUGCGACAUUCCUGUGUCCAGUACAACACAUGAUACAGUCAUGCAAACGUCUCAGGGGCCGGCUGCUGAUUCUCAAACGGUAAAGUAUUUAUUUCACUUAUUCCGUUAUCUUACAGGUACAGAAAGUAUUGCCACCAUAAUGAUCUAUAAGAUUGUUUAAUUUUACGUAAUUUCAAGAAGUAAAGUACGUCACAGGGGAGAAUAAUGACUCUUUUAUGGGAUCAUAUGACUCUUUUUGCAUAAUUCUUACUACCGUGACACUUACCCCCAUCCCCUUGUCUGAAUAACGUAAUUCUCAAGGACUUGCCACAAGAACUUACCCCCAAGCAAGCUCUCUACAUGGGGGAUAUCGUGAGUCAAACGCGAGCAAGCCAACAAAGGACACUCCACUUGCCGCUUCGCGCCUCGCUCGUGCGUUCUCGCUCGUCACUCGAGGACAGAGAGCAGGCCCCGGUUGUUUAAACGCUGGAUAGCGCUAUCCACCAGAUAAAUCGCUAUCCAGAGGAUAAGUAGUACGAAAACCAAUUGCGUUACCCUUUGGAUAGUAAUUUAUUUAGCGGAUAACGCUAUUCACCUUUUGAACGGCUGGGGCCUGGUGUAUUGGAGAGGGGUAGAGAGAGGUAGACAGAGAGAGAAGAGGAACAGGCGUCAUGUUGUUAGUUUUGAAAAUGCUAACAUUCUUUUUACUGCGCUAUUUCGCUUGUGCAUAGCCCACAGUUACAGACUGGGAAAAGAGAGGACAAGAGGCAAAGGUAGGUCUGUGCUUUUUUUUCCUGAUGCGCUAUGAAUCCCUUAAGUACUUUAUUUAACGCUGCGACAUUGUUGUCUAAGUUGUCUCCACUGAGGUUGAUUGAUUCCCAGGAAGUCUGCUUCAGGUUGCUUCUGGUCAUUAACUGUAGCCUCCCACGCAGAUGUUCUUAGGGGUUCGUCACCUGUGACGAAGCUUUAAGAACGUUCGCGUGGGAGGCUACAUUAACUGGUAAUCAUUAAUAAACAAGGCCGUCAGAGACAUCGAAACCGGUGGUUAAUUUAUAUGUUAUUUUCACUGGCUUUUUAUAUUUUUGGCGGUGAUUUUUUUUAUCAGAACUGAACGUUUUUCCCUGGUUACGUUCGAUCCUAAUUUCUAAAAAAGUACCUUUGAUUUAGGCAUCCAGAAGUAAGCUACACAAGGAGUCUAUUAAUGGAAAUUCAAAGGCUGUGAAGAUGCUUCUUAAUUCUGGUGAAGAUGUAAACCAAGGCGAUAAGGUGUGAUCUAAAACUACAAAAAUCAUUUUUUUUAAACUUGUUGAUAGAUUAAAGAAACUUAUAUAUAUUGCCCUCUUCACGUUUUUAGUUUUUGUUGACGCCUCUUCAUCUAGCUGCUUGGUAUGGACAAGAAAGUGUUGUUAAACUGUUAUUAGAAGGCGGUGCAAAUGUCAACGCGACAGAUAUUGUAAGUUGGUGAUUUUGUAUUCAGUGGUGACCGCAACCUUAUUAACGAUAGGAGGAUACAUGGAAUGAUAAUGCAAUAGGUUUUCUGUUGGCAUGUUGAGACAUUUCUUAGGUUGAAUAAAAUUAUAAUGCAUGAUGUUAGGUAAGAUGUUAGCAGUUGUCAAAUUUUUGGAUCUGUUUUAGCUUCAAUAUAUCAAAAGGCCACCGCAAAAUGAUGCGAAAGUUGGGGCUUCGUCAUUCGUGACAUGAAGCCAGCCUCCAAAACUAAUAAACCUCAGUCUCCUCUUACACAUAUUUCAUUUUUGUCAAAAUAUCGUUUAGUUUCAGAAAACCCCUCUGCAGAAAGCUGAACGUCACAACCAUCAAUCAAUAAUUAAGAUUCUCCAGAAAUACGGUGCUACUCAAAGUUAUCAUCAGCCGGUAAGGAGGCUAGGUUUACUUACCUAUUCAAAACAGAGAAAUCUUGCCCAAGAUACUCCAGUGCUUCCCAAUAGGAAGGCCCUAUUACCAAGAUGUAGGCUUUCCUUGCAAACAGUUUCUACGAAUAAGUCUUUGAUUGUGAACCGGUAUGAAAGACGGGGAAUAAACGUUGGCCGAUGCUAUUCAGUUUGCUUACACCAUGAGUAUGAACAAGAGCCAUUAUGGCUCUUGGUGUGAAUUAAUCCCAGGGGGAGGGGGGUACUCGAUAAAUCCUUGGGUGGGGAGGUGCGGCCCGGCCCCUCAUACUGCCUGAACCUGUUUUAGACAAAAAUCGCUGAUUUUCCUACCCGUUUAAGACAUUUAACCCGAAACCAUACCCUGUGUAAGACAAUAACAAAAUAUCGAAACUCGUUCUUAUUUAAUCCAUUGGCAGUCACAAAACUAUUUACAGCUUGAUCAACAGAGUAACGCAGGCUGUUUAUCGUCCAAGAAAAGAUACCCUGUUUAAAAAAAGACAAAUUGAUAAAAUCGAUACCCUGUUUAAGACAAAAAUCCCGAAAAACAUACCCUGGUUGGCCGCACGUCCCCAUUAAGCCCUUAUAAGGGAGAACCCCCCCCCCGGGGGGAAUUAAUGUCUUUCUUUUGUGGUCUGAAGGUCCUCUUGAACAUCAGUGAUUGUACCUUUAAUUAAUUCAUAACCCUAGCGCAGUUUGCUCCAGAACUGCCUCUUAAGGUGUUGUUCAUUACAAUUCCAAGCGCGUAUAUUUUAGUACAAGGGAAUCGUGGUAAUUUGUCUGUUAGUUUUCUUAUCUUGAUUAAUCAUAGCAAGUAAAAUAAAUGAGUGAGUAACAAUACGGCCGUUGAAAUGAGAGAAAACAAGCGCGCAGUUUACUCUGGCCGCGGUUUACAUAAGACGGAAGACGGAAACACGGUAAGGUCAUGGCUUAUUCAAGCCGCGGCUUAUCCUGCUGAGGAGUUUUGGGCUGUGAUUAUCGGAAUCUUGCGGAUUGUCUUGGACUAAAACGCUGUCCACGGCUUGCUGAAGCCGUGAACGACUGAUGAGCAUGCGCUGUUUCGUCACUGUGGCCUAGACUUCCUUUUUUCAUUUGCUCCCGUCCAUUCGCUAGAAGUGAAAAAUGUCAAGCACGUGUGACUUCAGACAGCAGUUUGUUUCCCAAAAAAUCACUUUAAAAGCAUUCGGUUUAUCGCUUGCCAUCUCUUUGUGGAGAUUCGCGACUUUCCUUGAUAGAUUGAUUGUUUUGGAGUGUAAUACCAAUCUUGACUGGAAUUAUAAUUUGAAACGAAACAGGCAAAGAAAAUAUAACGCAGUUUCUUUGACAAACUGAGUCGUUUCGCUUUUUUGCUCACUCAAAAUGCACAUCAAAACGAGGAACCAAAAAAACUAAUUAUGUUAUCACUGGACUAGUUAGCCUAAAACUAAGCCGUGAACCAUUUAUACGAGCAGUUCUGUUUUUAUGUAAGCCCUGCUCGUAUAAAUAGUUGUUUUCGCGUCUUUUGUUAGCCGAGCCCAGAGUAAACCUCGACUUAUUUUCUCUCGUUCAAACGGCCCUAUUCUUGUUUCUUAUUCAAUCGCAGAGCACGUUGAAGUCCCUCUCGAAAAUGGCCUUCGUAACAGUCGAUCGACACUCAGGGUUCAAUCUCUUCCAAGCCAUGGUCUAUGAGGGAAAUUUUGAAGGCGUAUUAACUGCCAGUGUCUUCCUUGAUGACUUUGUGAGAGAGUUGAAUUUCGAGUCGACAGCAAAUAACGCAAAGAUUUUUCCAUCAAAGACUGCCUAUGAUAUGCUCUCAACACUUGAAAAACACGACCAUGGGAAGAUAAAACGACUCUGUGAAGAACAACUAGAAAAGAUCAGAACUUUCACUGAGUUACACGAAUGUGUUGACAACAAUGACACGGAAAAGGCUGUGGAACUUGUUUUGCAUCAUGGUUUGGACGUCAAUUUCCCAGCCAAGGGUAAUCGAACCCCUUUAUUGUGGGCUAGUCUGCGAUGUUCCAGUGAGUUUGUUAAGACCCUUAUUGAUCUUGGAGCUGAAACAAAUGCUCGAAGAGAAGACAAAUGUACGCCUUUAAUAUUGGCAACAUACUGGAACAAUUACAUGGCUGCCCACCUUCUAACGAAGAUUGGGGCUGAUACAGAUGCACAGCAGGUGGAGGGAAAGGCAGCACUGCACAUUGCAAGCUGUGGUGGGUUUGCUAGUAUAACACAGUGUUUAAUAGAAUCAGGGUGCAAUGUCAAUUUGCAGUCAGCCACUGGCAGGACUCUACUUCAUCUAGCAGUUCAAAACAAACAAAAACACAUCGUCAAAAUGUUGCUAGAGAACAAUGCUGACGUGGGGAAACGGGACAAACAGGAUCGAAAUGACAGGGUGAUACUGGUGCGUGGCAAGGACAAAGGAAAACCAGCUUGGCACUUUGUUGAAGUGAAGAAGGCUUUGACUGGUCUGUUCUACAAACGGAUUAAAAGUGGCAGUCUGGACGUGGCCGAUUUUGGUACUGUCCUUGCAUCAGGAUGGGGUACAGACCCACCAGAUAGUAAGAGAGAACAGAUUCUUAAAGCUCAUUCUGAAAAUACAGUCGAAAUAAAAGACAAGACAGCUCUUCACAUUGCUUGUGAAAUCGGUGACGUAGCAAUUAUGGACCUUCUAGUAGAGCAUGGUGCAGAUUUUAAUGCUCUAGACGCAGACGGGUUUACUCCUCUACAGUUGGCAGCCAUUCGUGGCAACAUGAAAGUUGUAAAAAAACUUGUUGAUCUUAAGGCUGAUGUAAACCUGACCACAGCAGAUGAUAAAGAUGCGGCUGAUUAUGCAAAAAUGAAUGAAGAAGCGGAAAUUGAAGAGUUUCUAAAGUCAAAGAAAAGUCUGUUUAAAAAAUUUUGGAACAGGUUGUCAAGAAAGUGA